AUGGCUCAUUAUGACUCGUUGGAUGACAAGGACUCUGUGGAUAUUCAUGACAACCCGCCUCUGCCUGAUAAUGUGGUGAAAGAGGAGGACAACACGGUUUACUUUAUCUAUGAUGAGGAGGUCGAGGAUGAGGACAGAGAGGAAGCACCUCCUGCAGAACCCUUCAGACCAGUAAAUGACAGACCUCACAAGUUCAAGGACCACUACUGCAAGAAACCCAAAUUCUGUGAUGUCUGUGCGCGCAUGAUAGUGUUGAACAAUAAGUUUGCAUUGCGAUGUAAGAACUGCAAAACAAGCAUCCACCAUCAGUGUCAGUCCUACGUCGAGUUCCAGAAGUGCUUUGGCAAAAUACCUCCAGGAUUCAGAAGAGCGUACAGUUCUCCUCUCUACAGCAGUCAGCAGAAUGCGACAGUCUCACAGCUGCUGCCUUUUUCACAGUCAAACCGCACUGACCCUGUGUUUGAAACUCUGCGUAUUGGUGUGAUCAUGGCCAACAAGGAGCGUAAAAAAGGCUCUGAGGACAAGAAGAAUAUGAUGAUGAUGAUGGAGGACGAUGAGUCCCAGCCCAAACAACACGAUGAAGGAGGUGAAGGAGCGACCACAGAGGGAGACAAAAGAGGAGACAAGACUCCUGCUGAUGACAAGAGUAAAAAGGUUCAGCCGGGGAAGAUCGGCGUGUUCAGUCAGUCUCAUUACUACCUGGCUCUGUACCGCUUCAAAGCUUUAGAGAAAGAUGAUCUGGAUGUUCAUGCAGGUGAUCGCAUCACAGUGAUAGACGACUCCAACGAGGAAUGGUGGAGGGGGAAGAUCGGAGAGAGAACAGGCUUCAUACCAGCCAGCUACAUCAUCAGAGUGAGAGCAGGAGAGAGCGUCUACAAGGUGACUCGCUCCUUUGUCGGCAACAGAGAGAUGGGCCAAAUCACUCUGAAGAAAGACCAGAUUGUGGUGAAGAAGGGGGAUGAGGUGAACGGCUACCUGAAGGUCAGUACAGGUCGGAAGCUCGGCUUCUUCCCCGCCAACCUGCUGCAGGAGAUCUGAGGAGGACCAGCAGGCAUCUCUCUCCUCUAGCAGGCUUUAGGUGCAGCUUCUUUCCCUGCUGUAGCAAACACGCUUACUGUAUAUUUGAAAUUUUACUUCAACUCAUAUUGUUUUGACUUCUUUUGUAAACUUUACACGUAUGACUAUAAAGUCUGUGUGCAAAAUAUAUUGAAUUGAAUUUACUCUGUGCACAGAAACAUUUGGUAAAUACCAGGAUUAAAAGAUGAUUCACCAAAUCUUGCAAACUGAGCAUCACUGUGACUGUAAAAUAAAAGGAUGCUGACAUUGUUUUCCAUGAAA